AUGCACACCAUCCCACUCAUUAACCACCCGUGUACCGUCUGCUGUAACCCCACUUCGAUGUGGUGUUCCCGGUGCCAGAGCGCGUGGUACUGCAGCCCUGAGCACUUGAAGGCAGACUGGGGUCGUCACCGUAAUGAGUGUGUUCCGGCCUCGAACGCCACCCCCGUCACCACGUACAACGUCAGUAUGAUUGCAACUCCUCCGCCUGCGGAAUUGCAGACCAUCAGGGUAUCGGCUAUCCUAUUCGCUGCAGAGGAAGAGCGACCUCGGACCGUCGUGAUAGAAUGCCGCCCCUCGCCCAAGAUGUCGCAAGGCAUUUGUCCAACGCCUCUCCUCCAGAAAUACUUCCCUGAAGGCACCGCCGAGAGCCUCAUCCUAACGCGGGGUCUCAACGGCGAGAACCUCCGUUUCCCUCUCAGCAUCUGGUACAACUCGUCUGCACUCAAGCGGGGCUCACCCGUCAACCGCUCCAUCUGUCAUAUCACCUCCAACGCCGCGACAAAACCUUGGUGUGGCACGGUGGUAGUCUUGAAAUACAACGGAUCGAGACGGCAAGGGUACGCCGAUGCAAGUUCGAACGACUUCCCAGCUCUUUCAGCAUAUUUCCUGGCGUACAAGUAGUAAACCGGGUCCACACUGUGAGUCGAAGCCUAAAACACCGGAUCAUACUUCGUUUUCACCGACAUCCUUCCUUUGGUGUCUGC